CCAUCUUUACUUUUGCUAUCUAUCUCUCUCAACUUUUCAACCAACAAGAAUGGCAAACCAGCUUCAAGAUUCCUUAACCACCUCCACUAAACCAAGUCUAAACAAAGAAGAAGGACAACUUGAUGAAGAAACUGUGAGCUUGCACGCAGAGAGUCUUGUGAACACACUGGCCUUCCCCAUGGUUCUCAAAGCGGCCUUGGAGCUUGGCGUCAUCGAAACAAUCGCAUCCAUAGAUGAAGGUGUCUGGCUCUCGGCUUAUGAGAUUGCGCUCCGUCUCCCAACCAAACCCACUAACCCAGAGGCACCGGUUUUGUUGGACCGGAUGCUUGUUUUACUAGCCAGUCACUCGAUCUUGAAGUACCGUAUUGUUGCAACCGAAGAAAACGGAAAUUCCAAGAGGCUAUAUGCAGCCGAACCGGUUUGCAGAUUUUUCUUGAACGGUGGAGACGGGUCGGGUUCUCUUGCGCCUCUCUUCAUGGUCAACUUAAGCGAAGUCUAUUUCAAGACUUGGACACAUCUCAAAGAUGUGAUAUUAGAAGGAAAUGAUGCAUUCGUCUCUGCUCAUGGCAUGAAACUUUUCGAAUAUAUUGGUUCGGACGAACGAUUCUCUGAGAAAUUUAACCGGGCAAUGUCGGAAGCUUCCACGUUGACCAUGAAGAAGGUUUUAGAAGUUUACAGAGGAUUCGAAGAUGUACACACUUUGGUGGAUGUGGGAGGAGGAAUUGGAACUGUUAUAAGUCUAGUGAUUUCCAAGUAUCCUCAUAUUAAAGGCAUCAAUUUCGAUCUAGCCUCAGUUGUAGCCCGUGCUCCUCUAUAUCCAGGAGUGGAGCAUGUUUCAGGAGACAUGUUUAUAGAAAUUCCAAAAGGGGAUGCUAUUUUCAUGAAAUGGAUACUACAUGAUUGGAAUGACGAAGACUGUGUAAAAAUUCUAAAAAAUUGUUGGAGAAGUCUUCCCGAAAAAGGAAAGGUGAUAAUAGUCGACAUGAUUACACCUCUAGAACCAAAGGCAAACGACUUUUCUUCUAACGUUGUGCUCGCGAAGGACAUGGUGAUGUUAACGCAAUUAUCGGGUGGUAAGGAGAAGUCUCUUUCCCAGUUCGAGACGUUGGCCUCUGAUUCGGGUUUUCCUCGUUGUGAAAUCCAGUGUUUUUAAAACCGGACCGGCGAGCGAACCGGAAAUUAUUUGGGUCACGGGUCAUUGUGGUUCGACCUGGUUCGACCGGGGUCGAUUAGAUUAAACUGAAUUUAUUAUUUUAUAAAUAUUAUAUAUAUUUUUUUCAAAAAAUAGUCAUAAUGUUUAGAAAACUUUCAAAAAUAACAAAUUGAAAUGUGAUAAAAAUAAAAAUAAAAAAUAAUAGUUCAAAUCUAAAGUCAAUAGGAAAAAAAACAUUUAAAGUUUAUUCUCCAAAUCUUUGUCCUUCUAAAUCUUCAUCACCUAUAAAAAUUAUAUACACAUUAGUUACAAAACUCUAUUUUGGUUGCAAUUUGUGACAAACAAAAUAGUAUAUAUGUUAAAAAGGGAGAAAAAAAUAAUUAUUUUAUUAACAAAAUUUUGAUUUUUAUACGAACCAGGGUU